UUGUUGUUGAGUGGUAGUAGUAGUCAAUAUUAAUAGAAAUAAUAAUGAUUCAAAAAUUAUGGUCAUAACAUAUAGAAUACAAUUAGAUGAUGACCACCAAACAUUUGGUGAUAAUGAUAAUAUUGAUGAUGGAAAAUUAAUUUCAUCAUUAUUAUCAAUGUUGAUUGGAAAAGUGAAAUCAUUUGGAACGGAUGAAAUGAGCAACAUGAACAGGCCACUGACGGCAAUUAAUAACAAUAGAAUGGCCAAUAUUAUUAUCAAUGUACAACGAAUCAUUCUAUCAGCCGGUGGUGGUGGUGGUGGUGGCGAUGGCCGUAUUCUCGAUCUAUGUCGAUGAUUUUUAAGUAAACAUUGUGAAUCUGUAAGAUGAUGAUUUGAUUUACAUAUGGUUUGAUAUGAUGAUGAAUCAUUAUGUAUCGAUGUGGCCAAAGUCAUCAUU